GAAACGGCCAACGUGACUUGUCAUUUUAUUUGCUCAUCAUCAAUCAAUAUUUAUAAAACUUUUAUCCAAGAUGGACUUUUCAGAUUGUAAAGAAUGUCUAACUGUCCUCUCAUUGGACCAAUCUUUAGAUGAGAAAUUGUUGAAAAAUUCUUAUGUAUCUAAUAUUUGUUGCAAAAGCAAAUUAACAAUUGCCAUAAACGAUCUCCCGUCAGAGAAAGAAGCAUACGACGCCAUAUUCACCAUCGAACAGUCAUUUACUGAUGAACAAUUGAAGCAUUUAUACAAAUUAUUGAAACCUAGAUCCAAAUUUGUAAUCGUAAGAUCUCGUCAGGUUUCCAAUUUGACAUUCCUAAUAAAAUCAAAUGGAUUUGUGGUGGAUAGAAAUGAGCAAGACUUAAUCUUAGCACAUAAACCCGAAUAUGAAAUUGGUUCGGCUGUCGAAAUUGAUACCAAAAAAAUUUGGACAUUGGCAGCGGACGAAAUCACUGAUGGCGACCUGAUCGAUGAUGAUGAAUUGUUGGACGAACAAGACAAAAUGAAACCGAAAGCUGAAGAUUUGCGUGUCUGUGCAACAACAAAACAGAGGAAAGCAUGUGCCAAUUGUUCGUGUGGUUUGAAAGAAGAGCUUGAAAAAAGUGAGAUGGAUAAAAUUCGUUCCAAUAGUCAAAAUCUUAAAUCUUCAUGUGGAAACUGUUAUCUGGGCGAUGCAUUCCGUUGUGAAAGUUGCCCAUAUCGUGGCUUUCCUGCAUUCAAACCAGGCGAAAAAGUAAUUUUAAACAACAUGGAUGAUUUGUAGAAUUCAUGAAAAUCAUUUAUUAAAGAAUACAUUUUUAUUGUAGAAUAAAAACAAACAUGCUUAAAA